CUUUUUCCCCCUUCUCGACAACAUCAACCAACAAUGUUGAAUCUCGCACGCUUGUCCCGAUCUUCGGCUGCUAUUCAAGCCAGAAAGGUAAGCUGCCUCUCCUUUUUCCAACAAACAAGACAUUGCAACUACCUGAUCAACUUUUGAAUUCUCAGGAACAACCAAAAUGGAAAAGAGAUCUGAAUCAGGGGUAAUUUUCAGGGCGAAACAAAAAGUGUCAACAUUUUGUUUAACACACGCUAUGCAUCUGCACUCUCUCUCCUUGUCUCUCUCUUAGUUUGCUACUCGCUCCUACAGCUCAGUUAAUGGACCCGUCAUCGGUAUCGAUCUCGGAACCACCAACUCCUGUGUUGGUAUCAUGGAGGGUAAGAUUCCCCGCGUCAUUGAAAACGCCGAGGGUGCCCGUACUACCCCCUCGAUUGUAGCCUUUACUAAGGAGGGCGAGCUCGUUGUUGGUCAGGCUGCCAAGCGUCAGGCUGUUGUCAAUCCCGAGAACACCCUCUAUGCCACUAAGCGUUUGAUCGGUCGUCUCUACUCCGACAAGGCUGUUCAGCAUGAUAUCAAGACUGUCUCAUACAAGAUUGUUAAGCACCAGAAUGGUGAUGCAUGGGUCGAAGCCCGCGGUAAGCAGUACUCCCCCUCCCAGAUUGGUGCUUUCGUUCUCGGAAAGAUGAAGGAAACUGCUGAGGGCUACCUCGGAAAGAAGGUCGGCCACGCUGUUGUCACUGUCCCUGCCUACUUCAACGAUGCCCAGCGUCAGGCUACCAAGGAUGCCGGAAAGAUUGCCGGUCUGGAUGUUCUUCGUGUUAUCAACGAGCCUACUGCCGCUGCCCUCGCCUACGGUUUGGACAAGGCAGGUGACCGUGUUGUUGCUGUCUAUGACUUGGGUGGUGGUACGUUCGAUAUCUCCAUUCUUGAGAUCCAGAACGGUGUCUUUGAGGUCAAGUCUACAAACGGAGACACUGCCCUUGGUGGUGAGGACUUUGAUGCUAUGCUCGUCAAGUACGUCGUUGAAGAGUUCAAGAAGGAGCAAGGCUUGGAUCUUUCAAAUGAUCGCAUGGCCAUUCAGCGUAUCCGUGAGGGUGUCGAGAAGGCCAAGAUUGAGUUGUCUUCGACUCUCCAGACCGACAUCAACCUUCCUUACAUCACUGCCGAUGCAACUGGUCCUAAGCACAUCAACAUCAAGAUGACUCGCAGCAAGUUUGAGUCCCUUGCUAAGGACCUCAUCAACCGCACCAUCGAACCCUGCCAGAAGGCUAUUAAGGAUGCUGGCAUUUCAACCGGCGAUAUCAAUGAGGUCGUUCUCGUCGGAGGUAUGUCCCGUGUGCCCAAAGUCAUCGAAACUGUCAAGCAGGUUUUCGGCCGCGAUCCCGGCAAAUCUGUCAAUCCCGAUGAGGCUGUUGCUAUUGGUGCUGCCAUUCAAGGAGGUGUCUUGGCUGGAUCUGUGACCGAUAUUCUGUUGCUCGAUGUCACCCCUCUCUCACUCGGAAUUGAGACCCUCGGUGGUGUCUUUACCCGUUUGAUCAACCGCAACACCACUAUCCCUACAAAGAAGUCCCAGGUUUUCUCUACUGCUGCUGAUGGCCAGACCCAGGUUCAGGUUCGUGUCUUCCAAGGAGAGCGUGAGCUGGUCCGUGAUAACAAGCUCUUGGGUGACUUUAAUUUACACGGUAUUGCCCCUGCUCCUAAGGGUGUUCCUCAGAUCGAGGUCUCGUUCGAUAUUGAUGCCGACGGUAUUGUCAACGUUGGUGCCAAGGAUAAGGCUACUGGUCGUGAUCAGUCCAUGUCCAUUGUUGCCUCCUCUGGUCUCUCCUCUGAUGAGAUUGAGAAGAUGAUCAAGGACUCUGAACUCUUUGCUGACUCUGAUCGCAAGAAGAAGGAGCAGAUCGAGGCUACCAAUCAGGCCGAGUCAAUCAUCUCGGAGACUGAGAAGCACAUGAGUGACUUUAAGGAUCAAUUGGACUUGACCGAAGCUCAAAAGAUCAAGGACCAGAUCACUAAACUCCGUGAGGUCCUUGCUAAGGGUGAGACCGUUGAGGCUGAGGAGAUCAAGAAGGAGUCGACUGAUCUUCAGCAAGGCUCUCUCAAGCUCUUCGAGAUGGUCUACAAGAAGAACGCUGCCAACUCAACUUCCUCAUCAUCCGAGGGUACCACCGUCGAGAACGAGGAGCCCAAGAAGAACUAAGCUUUUCCCAUCUUAGUUUUUGACGUGUGUGUUGUUUUUUUUUUAUACUUAUUUGUCACAUUUUCUAUAUUCAUUUUCAACCCCAUGUAACAUCAGUCAAAACAUUUCCCAUCUUGUCAUAUUUUUUAUCUGUU